AUGAAAGCGCACUCUCCACAAGAUGAAGUUUAUGAUCCAUUAAGUAUUCCGGCAUAUUGCUGGCCAAUUAUUGAUACUCCUGAGUUUCAAAGAAUGCGCUAUAUUCCUCAAUUAGGAACAACUUUUUGGAUUUAUCCAGCUGCAACACAUACUCGAUUCGAACAUUGCUUAGGUGUAGCACACUUAGCAGAAAAAUUCAUGAUAAAUCUUAAAAUAUACCAGCCUGAACUGAAUAUCAAAGAUGAAUGGGAGCAAGCAGUAGUAAUUGCCGGUCUUUGUCAUGAUAUUGGACAUGGGCCUUGGAGCCAUUGCUUUGAAUCAGUUGCUCAUCUCUUUGAUCCUACAUGGGAUCAUGAAGAUUCGUCCGUUAACAUCUUACAAAACAUGGUUAAGAAAUAUAAUUUAUCAUUACCGAAAUAUGUAUACGAUGCAGCAUGCAAUUUCAUUAGAGGAAAACCAUAUGGCGAUUUUCCAAUUUGGACUUCACAGAUUAUUGCAAAUCAUGUUACAGAUAUCGACUUUGAUAAACUCGAUUAUCUUGUAAGAGAUCUUAAUAGAACAUUCUUAUCCGCCAGAUCAGACAUCAAAAGAAUUAUCUAUAAUACUCGAAUUAUUGAUGGGCAACUUGCAUACAGAAAGUCAGAAACAACAACACUCGAAAGGAUGUUCUUCAAUAGAAUUGAUAUGCAUAGACGUGUUUAUCAACACAGAGUUAAACUUGCGUUAUCUUUAAUGAUUACUGAUAUGCUCAAAGCAGCAGAGCCUUUCUUAGGCAUUGGAAAAUCACUCAACAAUCCAGAUGAAUUCAUAAAAUUUGAUUGUAGACUAAUGUAUUUAAUAGAAAGGGGAAAGUGCGGUCAAGAAGCUCAGAGAUUAGCUAAUGAUAUCAUUACACGCAAGUUUUAUAAAUGCAUUGGUGAGCUUAGAGUUCACCCAACGAAUACUGAUGGAAUUAGUUAUUCUCAACAACCAGAAAAAACAAUUGAAGAAGAUAUUGCAAGCUUUUCAAAUGGAGUAAUUGAACCAAGUAUGCUUCGAAUCUGCAAGAUGAGUUUCAGAUAUGGUUUAGAUGAUCAACAUCCACUUCUUAAAGUUAAUUUCUAUACCAAUGACAGUAAUCGCAUCAUAAAACUUACCAAGGGAGAUAUUGGCAGCAUCAUUCCUGCAUUUUACAAAGAAACAGGACUAAUGGCCUUUGUUAUUGAUCCAUCUCUUGUCUCUGUCGCUAAAAAGGCAUUUGAAGAAUGGAGAGAUGCUAAAGGACUUGUUUAA